GGCCGCGGCGGCUUCGGGUCGACGCGCGGGCCGGACCCACUGAGGCGGCGGCGCAGGGACCGGGGUUGCGGGGUCGCGGCGGCAGCGAGAGGGCGGCGGGAGCGCGCGGCGCCCCUAACUUCCAGCCGCGGGUGCGCGCCGGCACCCGCCCGCCGGGCGGACCGGCAGCGAUGUCCGGCGCGGAGGAGGCCGGCGGGGGCGGGCCGGCCGCGGGGCCCGCCGGCGCCGUGCCGGCUGGGGCCGGAGUCGGGGUCGGGGCCGGGCCUGGGGCGGCCGCGGGGCCAGCGGCAGCAGCCGCGCUGGGCGAGGCGGCAGGGCCCGGGCUCCCGGACGAGGCGGGCCUAGCCGGCGCCCGGCAGCUGCAGGAGGCGGCCGGCGACCCAGACGCGCCGCCCAAGAAGCGGCUGCGGGCCGCCGAGGCAGCCGAGGCGGCGGCGGCGGCGGCGGCGGCGGGCAGCGGGAAGCUGGAGGAGCGGCUCUACUCGGUGCUGUGCUGCACCGUCUGCCUGGACCUGCCUAAGGCCUCCGUGUACCAGUGUACUAACGGUCACUUGAUGUGCGCUGGCUGUUUUAUCCACCUACUAGCAGAUGCCCGGCUGAAGGAGGAGCAGGCCACGUGUCCUAACUGUCGUUGUGAGAUCAGUAAGAGCCUUUGCUGCCGCAACCUGGCCGUGGAGAAGGCCGUGAGCGAGCUGCCCUCCGAGUGUGGCUUCUGCCUGCGCCAGUUUCCCCGCUCCCUCCUGGAGAGGCACCAGAAAGAGGAGUGCCAGGACAGGGUGACCCAGUGCAAAUACAAGCGUAUCGGCUGCCCGUGGCACGGCCCCUUCCACGAGCUGACAGUGCACGAGGCCGCCUGUGCCCACCCCACCAAGACGGGCAACGAGCUGAUGGAGAUCCUCGACGAGAUGGACCAGAGCCACCGCAAGGAGAUGCAGCUGUACAACAGCAUCUUCAGCCUGCUCAGCUUUGAGAAGAUUGGUUACACAGAGGUCCAGUUCCGGCCGUACCGCACGGAUGACUUCAUCACGCGCCUGUACUACGAGACGCCGAGGUUCACGGUGCUGAACCAGACGUGGGUCCUGAAGGCGCGCGUGAACGACUCGGAGCGGAACCCCAACCUGUCGUGCAAGCGCACGCUGUCCUUCCAGCUCCUCCUCAAGAGCAAGGUCACAGCGCCCCUGGAGUGCUCCUUCCUGCUGCUCAAGGGCCCGUACGAUGAUGUGAAGAUCAGCCCCGUCAUCUACCACUUCGUCUUCAGCAACGAGAGCAACGAGACGGACUACGUGCCGCUGCCCAUCGCCGACUCCGUGGAGUGCAACAAACUGCUGGCCGCCAAGAACAUCAACCUGCGGCUCUUCCUGUUCCAGAUCCAGAAGUAGGGGCGCCGCCCGGCCGCCCGCGCCUGCCACAGUGGCCUCGCCGCGCCCGCCGGCCACUUCCGCGGCGGCGGAGGAGGAGCCAGCGCGAACACUGGGGAAGUCUGCAUGCGUGCGCGGAGGCGGGAGUGCUCGCGCCUCGCCCUCUGCCCUGCCUCCCUGCCCCGCCUCCCUGCCCCGGGCACCGGAGGCCGGGCUACCUGCGGAGACCGUGGUUCAGGUCCACACCCUGGCCCCCAGCGGCACGGCGAGGCGUACUGUCUGCUCCGGGCCGGGCUCAGGGAGCACGUGGACUUCAGACGGCAUAUUUGAUGCAAUUAAAAAGGCACCCUUGUUUCCUA